AUGGAAGUUGUCAGAUAUUUGGCACAUUUACAUGCUUAUUUGUCUUUACCUAAAAUUAAGGAAAAAUGGCAAAAAAAUUUUGUAACAAUAGAAGAAAUGUGGGGACAGAGUAGUGAAGAAUUUGGUUCAGCAAUGAUUGAACAAAUUAUGGAACUUGAUGAAGAUAUUGUGGAACCUUUUAAAAUAAUUGGAAAUAUAGUUAUGAAACCAGAUUUUGUUAAAUGGAUGAAAGAAAAAUGCGAAAAUAAUUAUGGUACGGUACUUCUUAUGUCUAAAAUUGUGGAUAAGUCUACCCUGUUUUAUGUUCAAUAA